GUAUAAAACAUGCGGGCAGCGGCUAUUUACUUUAGUUGUUGACAAAUCAGCGCCAAGUUGGUAUUGUUGCAUAAUGUCCACGCUGUACUUUGUGCUAUUAGUGGCUGCGCUAGCCAGCGCGACUGCGCAUCCUAUUGAGGAAAGUAAAGUGAAGCGACAAGUGCCUGGCGGUGAACAAUUGCAAGACCCUAAUGACCCAAAAUACAAGGAAUUGGCGCAAGAAUCGUUUGAAAAGUACCGCGUGACUAACCCAGGCGGCCAAAUAGAUGUCAAAGACCUCAAAGUAACCAGAGUGACCAGACAAGUUGUUGGUGGCUUCAAAACGCUUAUUGAUUUCACUGUAACCCCUGCUAAUGGAGAUAUUAUUACGUGUCAUUCUGAGAUCUUAGAACAGGCGUGGCUGAAUAAGAAAGAAAUUGACGUAAAUUGCAAUGUUAAUCAACAGAAAAGUAAAGUGAAGAGACAAAUUCCUGGCGGAGAAACGCAACAAGAUCCAAAUACCGAAGAGUACAAAAAAUUGGCACAAGAAUCGCUUGAGAAGUUUAGCGAGACCAAUCCUGGUGGACCAAUUAAAGCUAAGCAAAUCAAAGUAACAAAAGUAACUUCCCAGGUGGUUUCCGGUUUGAUAACUCGUCUUACAUUCACCGUAGAGCCUGCCAAUGGUGAGGAGUUCACAUGCCAUUCUAAGGUUUGGGAGCAGUCAUGGCUCAACAAGAAGGACAUUGAUGUAACUUGUGAUUUGAAAGGCUAGAAGAAUUAUGAAAUGCGAAUCGUGGUUUCAUGUUUUUAUUGCGGAACUUACUUUUUGUAUUCCUACUUUUAUUGUGAAUCAUUAAGUAAAUAGUAAAUAAAACAUGUUAUUGUGUACUUUU